CCUCCCCCCAAAAUAAACCUUCAAAGUUGGUUUCUCCAUCUCAAUUUGGUAUCUUUUCCUAAGGUGGCCAUAGAUAUGAGCAUGACCACAGAAAUUUUGGCGCGGUCUAAAUUGCUGAAGGAAGAAUGAUACAGCGUCUUCAACUCAAGGCUCUACAUUUAUGGCCUACUCUUCGUUCUUCUUCCUGUCUCCAUUUCCAUUCUCAAACCCUCAAUGUAAAUUCCUCUUCUUCUUCUCCUCAAUACACGCCUUGGUCUGGUCUCAAAGCUUGGAAGCAGAGUCCCCUUAAUGAGAAUCGAUUCUGGGGACCCAAUGGACCAGAGCCUCUGGUUGAAUCUUCAUCAACUGGGGUUUUCUUUGAUAGCCGAAUCGAAUCGGCUUCGUCGCUUGCGGAAUUGGGUGCAUUGGUUCUGUCUACCAGUGACCCUUUAACCAAAUCCAGACUCUCUCAUCUUGCUUACUCCAGAUGGUCUCAGGAAAGUCUUCCCAUUGGCGUUUUCGAAGCUCCUUCUCAUCCUGCUCGACCUCCGUUGCCGAAAUUGGUCUCCCCAAAGGAAAUUCCGGCUCCUAAAAACUCAGGAUUGCCUCUGAAUGCUUAUAUGUUACACAAUCUUGCUCAUGUUGAGCUUAAUGCAAUUGAUUUGGCAUGGGACACUGUUGUUCGAUUUUCUCUCUUCAGCGAUGUUCUUGGGGAGGGUUUUUUUGCUGACUUUGCUCAUGUUGCUGAUGAUGAGAGUCGACAUUUUAUGUGGUGUUCACAGAGACUUGCUGAACUUGGUUUCAAAUAUGGAGAUAUGGCUGCUCAUAAUUUGCUUUGGAGGGAGUGUGAGAAAUCAUCCAACAAUGUAGCUGCACGCUUGGCAGCAAUACCGCUUGUCCAGGAGGCUAGGGGACUUGAUGCUGGGCCUCGACUAGUGAAGAAAUUAGUUGGCUUCGGGGAUCAUAGAACAUCUGAUAUUGUAGCUAAAAUUGCUGAUGAAGAAGUUGCACAUGUAGCUGUGGGUGUCUACUGGUUUGUCCUAGUCUGUCAGAAAAUGGAACGUGCUCCAUGCUCAACUUUUAAAGAGUUGUUAAAAGAAUACAGUGUGGAACUGAAAGGGCCUUUUAAUUAUUCAGCUCGAGAUGAAGCUGGCCUUCCACGUGAUUGGUAUGACAUAUCAAACACGAAUGUACAGGAUGAGUCGAGUGGAGACACUAAAAAUGAACAGCUAUCAGUGGUUUACGAUAGGCUUGCUUCUGUAAUAUCCAUGGAGUGUAAGAACUCCAGUUUGCAUGGGCCUUCAGAAUGAGAUGUGUUAUUCACCAUCAUCCUGUGUUUUUGUAACGUGCUUUGUGGACCUGAGAUUAUGUUUAAUGAUUCUGGUGCACAGUUUUGUAUGGUUAGUAUCCUGUUUUAUCUCAGCUUCAAGAUUAAGAGCAUGAUUUCGUCCCCAGACUAAUGUAGAACUGCUUGACGAUCUCUAGAUCCGUCCUUUUAAGGAGUAUAGUCGUGCAUAGUUGGUGUUUCUGUUUUAUCUUAGUCAUCAAGAAUUCAAGAUCAACGACACACAUUGGUCUCUCUACUAAUGUUGAACUGCCUGAGGUGUCUUUAAAUCAUCCCAUAAUCAGAAAGUUUUGAUACGAAAGAUAUGAAAAAAAGCACAACUUAGAAACUCUUUUGAUUCA